AUGGCAAUCAAAAUUUAUUCCUUAGCAAACGUUCUAAGACUAGGCAUUACUUUAAAGUUGCGCCAGUUUCACAGUAACAGCAACGAACGAAAUUUAGCAUUGAGGAGAGGGCUGACGCAAAUCGAGAGGCAAGCCGAUGAAAGAAAUAAAACCAGAAGAAGUAUUAGCGCCAAUGUUAUUAACAACAAUGACGACGACGGUGACGUCACCGUUAACAAUAGAUACCAAAACAAUGAUAAGAAAUUCUACCAGCAUAAUAACACCAACAAGCAGUCAGAAAAUGUUGCGAAACCACUGAUAAUGGAUAGGGAGAGUUUCGAGAGACUGAUGUGCGCGGCUACAAUCAACUAUCAACAAGUGCUUCAGAGGCAAAAACAUGAAGAACAGCUAAGGAAGGAACAACUUUUGAUGGAUGCCCAAGCGAGGAAGGAGCACAUAAAAGAUCUAGAUAGAUCGAGAAAGCAGAACACGAAACUUACUGAGUUUGAGCUGGAGGAGCAAGAGAAAAAUGAGUUUAUGAAGAAGAAGGCCCUGGAGAUGUUGACGGAACAGGAAGAAGAGAUCAAAGAGUUGAACGGGCUGAUCUUAGAUGCGAAAUGCCAAAUAAUCAGAAACGCACAAAUUGCAGAGAAGCAGGCGAUUCAGCGAGAGAUGGAGAACGAAGAGAGAAAGAUGGAGAUGUUGAUGGAGUUGGAGAGGGUAAACGCUCAAAAAGCUGAAGAUGAUCUGGAAAAAAGAAAACGAGAAGAGAAAAUGAUCGGAGCUCUGAAUAUUCGACAACAAAUUGAACAAAAUGAACAAGAGAAGUUACUAGAAUUGGAGCGCAAGGACCAAGAGAACAGAAUAAUGCAGAAAUAUCUGGACCAACUGUGCGAGGAGGAAAUCGAAAAAAUAAAAAAGAAAAAAAUUGAACAACUGAAACUACGGACUGAUCUGAAGAACGAAAAUGAGAACAUCAUCAAAAGGAAAGAGAUCUCAAAGAUUGAAGAACAAAUUCUCGACCAGCAAAUACUGGAGUUUCAAAACGCAAAAGCGGAGCGCGAAGCCAUCUUAGAACGAGAACGUUUAGAGGCGAGAGCAGCGAAAGAAAGAGAGAUAGCGAGGUUGCGCUCCUUGCAAGAAAGAAAAAAAGACGAACUGGCCGAGAGAGACGAGUUGAGGGCGAAGAGAGCUCAGGAGCAGAAUGAAAGAGAAUGGAGAAAGAAGGAAGCAGAAGCUGCGGCGAGGAAAGCCGCCAUUGAAGCCGCUUUGAAUGAAGCCAGGGAGCAGCAAUUGAAACAGAAACAAAUAUCGAGAGCCAUGCAGGCCCAGUGGGAAAAGAAGGAUUUUGAAAGAGUUCUAAGAGCGCAGAUGGAGCAAAUUGAAAAAAUGAAAAAAGAAGAAGAGAAUGUGAAAAUAAAGAGAGGAGAAUUUUCAAACGAAAUCAAGAACCAGAUACGCGAGAAAGAGCGCACGAAAAUAUUGGAGAGGAGCAAAUUCUUUGAGGAAGGCAUCAAGUUGAGUGAGGAAGCCAAGCAGAGGAAAGAAAAAGUGGACCAAGUAAAAUUGAAGAAACUGCAAGAACUAAGAGACGCAGGAAUAGAAGAGAAGUAUCUCGUUCAGAUUGAGAAAAAAAUUAACAACAACGGGAGUGGCCAACGUAUCAUACCUCCUCUGGGCAACAUCUGA